AUGGCAUUGAGGACCGGACCAUACUUUAAUUCCAGCAGAUUCAUCAAAGGAGCUAGCAUCCAACAUAGACCCCCCAAACUACCCUUAUUCGAACACAACAGUAUGCCUAAGCCGACGUUCAUAAAGAUUGAUCGCCACUACCGCCCGGUCGACGAGGUGCCAAAUUGGGUAACGAACUCGACUGUGCCCAGCCCCGUAGCUGGAACGAAGCGCCGUCACGAAAAGAUCGAUGAUGAUCACAAAACCGUCGAAAGUCAACCUCGAAAGAAGCACUUGAAACAAGAGGAAUGGGCUAUCCUAAAAUACAGCAAGCCGCUCCUAUGCUGUAUCGAAUUUCUGGUGUCUUGGACGCCUGCGAGGUUGGAGAUGAGGAGGAAGGAAUGGGAAAGAAAAGUAUUAAUGGAAGAGAUGGAACACCUGAAGGACUUGCAGGAGCAGCUCAAGGAACAUCCGCACUACAUCAUAGUGAAUGGGUACAGACUGAACCCAGCGGACGCGGGGUAUGUCAUUGGAAGUCCAACAGCGUCAUCCAGUUCGAAUUCUUCUAGUGAGAGCCCAAUCACCCCGCCUCAUACGACCGAGCAAGGAACACAUACGAGCCCAAGCAAAAGCCUAGACAGACCCGCCGGAGCACCAAGAUCGGGCCCGUAUUACCCUGGAGCGCCACCCCCACCUUCUCAUGAUGGAGAAGAGGACACACCUAGACCUCCAAAGCCAAGUGGUGGCGCGGGAAAAUCUUACAUCCAGACUAUUUCAUCGUAUUACCGGACUCCAACGCCGACCCAGCCUGGUGUGCACAGAAUCGAUCUUCCAGGAGGCCUUACGCAUGUUACUGGGCCUCCGAUCCACACGCAGCCUGUGGACAUGGAGGGCUACAAAGCAAGACUGCCGCUGAGAGAUGACCUAGGCCGUCUAGUAGAUAAGAAGGGGCGGCUUAUGAAUGAGCAAGGCCUGUUGGUUAAUGCGAAGGGUCAGCUUGUAGAUAAGAAGGGGAGGCGCAUACCGAAGCUGUCUGAAGAUAAACUUCCAGAUGAACCGAUCACGGGGGCUAGGAGGCCGCCGGACCAGCCGCCCCCGCCGCCAAAACCUCUGAACAAACCACAGCUAGUGGAUGAAUAUGGUCGUUUCAUGGAUGAGCAGGGUCGGUUGAUGGAUGAGAAGGGUCGCCUGGUGAAUGCGAAGGGCCAGCUGGUUGAUGAGCGGGGUUAUCUUGUGGAUGAAUAUGGACGAAUACCUGCUUAUCUGUUGGGGAAAGAAGAACCAUUACCUACCAAACGCCCUCCGACACCCAAAGUCAGUCCUCCAAAACCGCAAGCAACCCAGUAUCAGGCUCCGAGUGUUGAGGAAGACCCGGAAGGGUCUUAUACACCUAAAGUCAGCCCCAAGAAACAGCAGACAACAUAUCACCAGGCCCCAAGUUUUGAGGAGGUGCCAGUUCGAGCUCCUACACCUUCAGACAGGCUUCCACCGCCGCAAGCCCCAGAUAAUGAUAAUUCGACUAUAGUGGAAGCGUCGCCGCAAACUCCUACUCCGAAGUUUGACGAAGAGGAGCAGCUAGCAGCGCACGAUCCGCAUUCACCUCCAGAUCCAUCUCAAUUACCUCAGUUCCAACCGCAGUCUCCUCCACAGUAUCGAGGGCAGCCACCUAUACAUCAAACUAAAUCUCCUCGUUGGGAACCGCAAUCACCAACCCCAAUUGCAGUCAGACCUCUGACACCGCGACCACCUUUCGUUGAGAAUGUGGAGAUAGGUGAACGCGAUGAAUUCCCCGCGACUCGGCCGAAACGACGGCCACAGGGACAGCUUGAAUCGCCUGCCUUUGAACCAAAUUCAAAACAGGCAAGCACAAAUCCUCUCUCUGAAGUUUUCAAGAACCUGUCCGCUCUGUGGCCUACGAUUGCGAAUCCGUUUUCUCAGAUGGCGAAUGCAGCUGCAGUUUCUACCGCAGACCCGACGAAUUUUCUGGAUAACAUCGUUGUUUCACCAGAGACAUUGGCUGGCAGCAAUAAACCUGGCCGCAUGCCAUUUGUAGACGAGGAAGAGGACGAACAACAGAAAAAGAACAAGAAAGACAAGAGCAAAGAGAAACCAGUGGAAGAUCGAACCCCUGAAGAAAAAUUCCUCGCAUUGGAGGAGGUUUACACGCCUCUCCCUCCCCGCACCCGCAUCAUCGGCACUCCCCGCGGCCGCUACGGCCCCCGCCUCGCCCCAGAACUGGUACGCGGCGAAGACCUCCCCCGCCAGAAGCUCGGAGCCGACAAGACAUUUAAAACUCGCCGCGAGCUAUGCGAGCACAAGGCCACGCACGACUACUGGAUGUCUGGCGCGUUUGGGCCGGCGGGAAGUAUGGGACACGAUAUGCGGCCGGUUUCGAUUUCGCCGGAAGAGAGGAAGCGAUUACUGAGAGACAGGGAGAACGAGAGGAGGCCGUUCCCGGUGGAUCAGAGUAAACUAGCUCUUGAGCGGAGUCGGCAGGAGGAGAGACAGAGGGUUGAGCGGGAGAAGAAGGCGAAGGAGAGGGCGGAGAGGUUGCUAACAGAGGGGGAUUUCGCGGAGGAAAUGACGCAGGAGGAAUUUGAGGAGCAGUUUGAUGGGAACGAUAGUCCUGCGCCGGGUGGAGUUCAUAAGGACGAGGAGAAAAUGACGGGUGAGGAGUACCAGCAGCAGUUGCUGGAUGAGACCAUUGGGGAUGAGGCACCGGAUCCAAAUGCUCCGCAGACGUAUGCGGACCCGAACUUCCAACAGACAUAUACCGGGAAUACUGCGGAUGCGACGCCGAUGACCGCGGAAGAAUAUCAGAGGCUAUUGGACCAGUACGCAUUGCAACAAGCGCAGCUGAAUGCGGAGAUUUCUCAGCUAGAGGAUAUGCAGCGCGUUUAUACUGACGAGGAGGUCGAAGCUAUGUAUGAUGAGCAAGCAAGGAGAGAGUUUGAGGGAUUCUGA